GUUCACCCUUUUCGCAUCGCGCUGCACGCACGCCCUCGAUCGUCAUGAAUCUCAUGACGUUCGUCAAGAUUGGCUACAUGAUGAUGAUCAUCAUCUUCAUUUUGAUGUUCUGGACGUCGAUGGUACGGAUGUACGAGCUGCCCGUCCAGUAUCCACCAUGCUUUUUCAAUCCAUUAUGCACCUGCUCCAAGGCUAUACCUGAUUUAGGCAUCGUCACGUGUUUCAAUGUGCCAAUGCCAAGGAUACCACAUCCCAUCAACUCCUCUAAGGUGUUUAUGCUUCAACUUGAAAAUAAUGGGUUAAGAUCGCUUCAGCCUCAAUUUCUCAUGAACACUGGUCUGUACAAGCUGCAGAUCAGGCAUAAUCCCCUAUCGGAUAUACCGGACGAGGCGUUCGUAGGGCUUGAAAGAUCGUUGUGGGAGCUUGAACUACCCUACAACCGUCUUGUGAGGGUGCCCAGCAAAUCGUUCAGACACCUUCAGAAGCUGCGGCUUCUCGAUCUAACAGGCAAUCAAAUCUCACGCAUAGCCGCGGACAAUUGGCGAGGCUUGGAGAACUCAUUGCAGACUCUGCGAAUGGGCCGUAACACUAUCGACAAGUUACCAGCUGAUGCGUUUGCUGGACUAACCUAUCUCGAGUAUCUCGAUUUGCGCGAGAACAGUUUGAAAGAAAUAGACCCAUCGGUUUUCCGCGAUGGCAUGGCUCAUCUGACACAUCUCUACCUCAACGAUAAUCAACUCAAUAUGAUACCUUACAAUCAACUGUCGGCGCUGAAGCGUAUGCGAGUGUUGGAUCUGAGUUACAAUCGUAUUUCCAAGAUGAUACAUCCUCAAAUGGAGGCGGAAAUUAAAAAUGUACAAAUGAAUUUAGAUAUUCUCAGGCUCGAUUACAAUCAGAUUGACGUGUUGUUGCCGGGAUCUUUUCAACAUUUCUACAAAGUUAAUAGGACUUAUCUGAACGGGAAUCCCAUUCUUAAUAUUGAGGAAGGUGCAUUCAAAAAUUCAAGAAUCCGUGAGCUUUACUUGACCGAUUGCGAUUUAUACGACGUUGACUCGCCAGAUUUUAUGGGGUUGGAAUCAUCGUUGGAAUUAUUAGAUCUUUCUGGCAAUAAUUUGACAUCAUUGCCGAAUCGUAUCUUUCAGCAGUACGACUACUUGCGAACUCUCAUUUUCGCGGAGAAUCAUAUCGUCACAUUUAAUCCAAUUCUUAAUUACUCUGCAGCUGAAGUGUUCAACGGAUUUCAAUACUCUUUGUAUCAUUUGGAUUUGAGUGGACAACAGAAUGGACAGAUAUCAUUACAAGAUUUGCGAACAAUGCGAAAUUUAAGACACUUGCAUAUCUCCAAGAUGCCAGGAUCGACAUUGUCGCCGAAUGAUUUUCUCGAGUUUGGAAUGGAUAUAAAAGAGCUGAGGAUUACUCAAAGUAACUUGCAGACUAUUAAGAAUCAUGCAUUUCAACAUGUUCGGGGAAUCAAAUAUUUAGAUUUCUCGGAAAAUUCUAUCUCGUCGAUUGAAGAUGAUGCAUUUUCUGAGGUUGGAAAUUCAUUGAUGAUUCUAAAAAUCGCCCAUGGACUGUCACUUAGUGAAUUACCAAAUAAACCUUUUAAAUCUUUGACCAACUUGCAACAUUUGGAUUUUAGUAACAACAAGAUAAGGUCUAUGCCAGAGACUUCGUUUCAUUUUUUAAAGAGAAUAAGACGAAUUGAAUUGCAAGACAAUGAGAUAGAUUCUAUUAAAAAGGGAACUUUUCAGGGAGAUAUUCAUUCAUCAUUGGAAGACGUUAAUUUUGGUUACAAUCGUAUCAACAGCUUAGCCACUCACACGUUUGUUGAUUUACCAAUAUUAGGAACUAUCAAUCUUGAAGAUAACACAAUCAGCAACAUCGAAAGACGUGCUUUUAUGAACAUGAACAAAUUAAAGUAUAUCACUUUGAGAGGUAACAAGAUAAAGACUAUGCAUGACGAAGCUUUCCAGAAUCUACCUGAACUAGAAUUUUUAGACAUCGCCUACAACGAACUUUCCGAGUUUGAUUUUGGCGCUUUCGACCAAGUUGGGACGUUAUCAUCAUUCAAAGUCAACGCUAGUCACAACAAGAUUCAUCGACUAACAGUGAACAGUUCAUACUCGUCAUCCAUAAUUAACAAUAAUUCAAUGUAUUUUCCAGUGAGCGGAAUGAUGCAAUCAAAUAUCAAAGUACUCGAUUUUAGCUGGAACAAUAUCACCGAGAUAAUGCGUUACUACUUCAAGCCAGUGGAAUACUCGCUAACGCAUUUGUAUCUAUCGCACAAUGAUAUUUACAAUGUGACUCAAGGUGUUUUCGGAAAUAUGCCACAUCUACAGUGGCUUGAUCUCAGUUAUAAUGAUCUGAUGGAGAUAGAUUUUGAUUGUUUUAGAGAGACAAGGAAUCUUCAAGUGCUCAAGUUUUCUCACAAUAAUCUCAUGGAUAUCCCUGGGGAAUCGUUCAAACCACUGAAAAAAUUGCGAAUAAUUGACUUAUCGCAUAACAGAUUAAGAACUCUCACGGACAAUUUAUUUAUGGAAGCCAAUAUCGAGAGUCUUGAUCUGUCCCAUAAUCAAUUCAUGAGAUUGCCCAUCAAAACUAUGUCAAUGUCUGCGGCUGCCAGUUUGUCGAUACUUGACUUGUCCUGGAACUUUUUGUCUGGAGUACACAAUACCGAUGCCAUAUUUAGAUUGCGAGGCUUGACUUGGCUCGAUUUGUCCUACAACCGACUGGUGAGACUUGAUGACGGCGUAUUUUCCGAUUUGCCGCAAUUGUCCUAUCUCGAUCUCAGCCACAAUAAACAGUUGAUCCUGGAACCCAGAGGAAGGACUUUUCAUGGACUGGAGGAUUCUUUGCUUUUUCUUGGACUCAGCAAUAUUUCUUUACUAUCGGUCCCGGAAUUACCAUUCCAACAUCUGCAAAGGCUUCAUCUGGCGAAUAAUGAGUUGGCUUCUGUACCAGCGGAGAUGGCGUCGAACUUGACGAGCCUCCAUUCACUAGACUUGAGUCACAACGACCUUACCGUCGUUCCACUUAUUACCCAUGCUCUGCCCAACUUACGGAUGUUCAAUAUCGCCUACAAUCCAAUUACGAUAAUCACGAACACGAGUUUCCUCGGGAUCGCCGAUAGUCUCGAAGAGCUCGAUAUACGCGGCCUUUCUCUCUCCACUUUUGAGGCUGGAGCGUUGUGCAAAGCAUCGAAAUUACGAAGACUCUACUGCACCGCGUAUACAGGGUUAAAGCAUUUCAACUUCCCUAAUUUCUUGCAAUACAACCAUGGUCUGAGGCAUUUAUUUAUUGACGUUCAAAACGAGACGAAUUUGGAAAAGGAAAUGAAAGGCCCAUUCCCGGUGAAAUUGUACAACUUCACGUUCAACGGCCGAGCACUAAAAAGUAUUCAUUCGGAUGUCUUACACGGAAUGAAAAACCCUCAUCUUCACUUUGGUCUCUUCAAUACUAGUGUCAACAGCGUGCAGAAGGACAUAUUCGCACGUGCCGAGCUCGUAAGGAACGUGACUGUCGAGCUUCGAAACAACGAUAUUCGCACUUUACACAACCCGUCCAAUGCGUACAAACCGGCUGUGCCGGGUAAACGAUUCCUUCUUAGGCUUCGCAUGCGUGGUAGUCAUAUGAAUUGCGACUGUGACAUCGGUUGGAUUGAGAUGUGGCAGCGAAAGCACAGACAGUACGAAGAAGAUCGCUGCAUGUCGCAUAACGAGUUGAACAAUUACGAGCGAGAGGAGGGAAGUGAAUACGAGUGCUGGGACAAUGGAUGGGAUGACGAUUUGAGGGAGAGCUUUUGUGAGAACAAAAAUAAAAUGCCCGUGUCGGAGGCCCUCAAAGCUGAUCUUGAGUGCGGAUGGUCAGUUGGUACCAAGUUGCAACUUUCCAAAAUGCUCGCUUUGUCUUUUGUGACUGCGAUGCUCGUUACACUUUACUAAUCUCUAAAAUAGAAAAUUUUUUACGUGUGAUUGUGAGAUAUAACAUUAUUAGACUGCUAUGAAACAAUGAAAAUGAGGGUUGUUGAUAGUUGAUGAUUGAGUGGCUUAUUAUUUUACACUAACAGUAUGAGACGUUCGAUAAACAAUUAUCAACAAGAUGGUGUUUCUUAAAAUUUUGGUUUUAAAGAAAUACCACAGAUACCAGGAUAAGACGAAUUUUACCAACGGUAUUUUGAAGAAUAAUCUUUUAUAAAUCUUUUACAAAUUUCACGGUGAUUAACGAACUUACAUAAAGCGUGUGGACUAAGCUGUACCAGCUUAGCCUUUACAGCUUUUAUGGCUUACGCGCAUUUGUACCUUAUCGGAAAGAAACUUUAUAUAUUUAUAUCUAUAUAUAUAUAUAGAUAUAUGUAUAUAUAUAUUCUUGUGAAUACAUUUUUUAUAUACAUUCAUUUUAGGCACAAUUAUCACCAACAUUUUUAUAUGCGCUGAUGUGCCAUUUGUUUCAAGUUGUAAAUGACUAAUUUAUGAAAUGAAUUAGUUCAUUUUAUAAGAUUGCAUCAUACGAAUAAAUAUUAUGAUAAUAAUACCAUGCGAACGUUUCAAACCACGUGCAUAAACAAUUCUAACGUAAAAUAACACGUAUGUGGUUACAUUCAAGUAGUCUACUCAUUGCUAAAUUUGAGUGUAAUAGUCACAUAAAGGUUUGACAUUCGGAUAAAAGCGAUUAUAAAGUACAUUGUUGCAAAUUAAAUUCCAACGAUUUUCACGAUAUAGAUCUUGAGAUGCAAACCCUAUGUUUGAAUUUAAAUAAUAUAAUUUUUGCAUGCUUCACUGAUACAUAUUUGGAGUGUUGCUGAAUCCAUGUUUUCUUUUUGAUGAUAUACAUGGAUAUUAAUUUCGAACAUAGUUAGAACGAAAAAUAUAUACUAAAUAUAAUAGAAGGUUUUUUUAAAUAUUUAAUUGUAGUAAAAUAAUCACUCUGACAAUGUUAACGAAAAUGUCUACUUUCUAAUAAGCUCCAUACAACAUAGUUAAUGCCUAAUUUUUUGUGAAUGUUUUAAGCAUUGAGCCUUGCAGUGUAUUGUAUUUGAGGUCAUUUCAUUUCACAUGUAAAAAUUAUUCGAAAAAAUUGCAUUUUUCAAUAAAGUUUCGAAGUACAUUGCAAAAAUUUGCUGAAACGCAUAAUUCUUAAGAGUUUUUUCAUUUUUGUACGAUUUCAUUGAUUGCAAGACUUGAGUCCCUGUUAUUUGUUGGUUUUCCGUUGAUUGUAAGAAAAUGAUAUGAUAUUUAUACAUCAAUCAAAUGUUUAUAUGUAAACAUAAAUAUUCAUUCUUUUUACUAUGUAUAUAAAUACUAAAAGCUUAUAAUUAUACAAAUAGUUAAUCUUGCCUAUAUAUCUAAUUGAACUUUCAAGAUAUAAUCUUGAAUGUAACAACGUUUGUUAAUUUGAUUAUUCAUAUCUUUUUUGACGAGAAUUAUAAUAAUAAAUAUUAUUAAUUUUUUUUGUUCUUUUCCGACAGCUUUAUCUAUGAUAAAGAUGAAAUAAAAUGAUUUUAGGGUGCUAAUGACAUGUUAAACGAGCAAAUCCCUAUUCAUCGAAAUUGACCUUCAAUUUUAAGGAAUUGCGAGAUAGGUACAUAUUUUCCCAAGUACAGACACAGUUUACAGUUUUAAGAAAGUUUCUGAAGUUACUAAAAAUAUAUCAAAAAUUAUAAUAAUUAAGUAACUUUUGUAAUGACGUAGUAGCAUUGAAUGAAUCUAUUUACUUUUUGUAAUUAAUUAAUCUAUUUGCAUUAGCAUACGAUCGACAGCCUGCAUAUAAUUUAUCACGUAAUAAGCAAUGUCAUGUAAUUAUAAACGACUCGUAUUCGAUUAGUCGAAUAUGGAGGGAGAAAAUAUAAAUUCACCGAUUUACUUGAUAUCAAUUUGUCGAUAAUGUCUCAACCUCUAAUUGUAUAUUUGAAAUAUGCAGAUUUAAUUAAGCUUAUAAAUAUCUCUUAUAAUACGUAAUUGAUUAUUAUCUUGUUCAUAUUCAAGAAAUAACGAAAAUUGUAAACAAGUUGAAGAAUUUUAAUGUACUACUAU